CGACACAACCAGUCACCAGGGUCGUUGUGUGUUACGUUGGCGUUAAAGUAAAAAAAAAAAAUAAUAAAAUUACUACGUAAAGACAGACAUUGAACGCGUCGUUUUUUUACUCACAAAUAUAAAAAUACUCUUAACACUGAAAUUUGACAGUUGUGACUUGAUAAUAACCAACGUGAAAAUACAACAGUUUAUUAAUUAAAGUUGAGUAAUAUUUAACAAAAUAUAAAAUAAAUAUCAGAGGGAGUAGCCCGGGUUCAGUAUAUACAAUAGUUUGAACAUUGAGAUCGAAUCGAGGUGAUAUUUUUUCUCUCUUCAUCACAUCAUAUCUCUACACCACGGAGAGUAAGAUAAAUGCUAACGAAUAAAUUUAAAGAGCAAGGGAGAACAAUAUCUCGUUGGUAUUAACCAACUAACUGUUAGCUGUGAAUUUUAUAACUGAGUAUAUACCGAGCAAUAUAAAGCAAAAGCAUAAGUGAAUAAAAUCGUAUGUGAUUUCAUUGGCAUCAUUCGUAUCAUCGCCCUCGAAGUCAUAUAGUUGUAUAGCACAGAAAAAAAGAGAGAAAGAGUGCAUUAAUAAUUUUAUAUUUGUAUAUGGAUCUGUUAAAAGUGUCUGUGACGUGUUUUUAUAUCAACUUGUCUGUUGAAAGUCUGAUCAAGUUGUGCCAAUUAUAAAAGUGAUAAUUGAUAAUAUUUUUUGUUUAGUUUCGUUAACAGUUUGACAGUUUGUUAUUUUAGGUGGUUUUUAUCCUAUUUAGUAUGAUAUUGUGAUAAGCCACCGAAUUGUAAAAUAACAUACUUGGUAAAUUGGCGUCAUGAGCAGCAGAUGACUGUUCAUUAGCCGAGCCAUUGCUCGUUCAACUUUAAUAUGAGCGAAGUCGUAGCCGUGGCAGUGGUGCCUACUGGUGGACAAAAUCUUCAGGAAUGUGUGACACAUAUCAAACGUCACAAAUCAUCAUCUGGCUGCAAUGUUCCUCUUGUCCAUGGCAGGCCAAACCCACCAAUCAACGUACGCAACAGACUGACCACUCAUCAACGAAACCAUAGCUUGGACUUUAGGUCGAUGGGUAUCCUACUUCCUCCGGUACCGCAAGCAACUGUUACAACACUGACUCUGCAUCACAGAAAUCGAAGUCUUGAUUCAGCGCUACAACGUAUUCCAGAAGUAGAUGUAACACCAAGUCCAGAAUGUGAAACAGCACCAGAUUCAGUAAUAAAAGUAUCGAGUCCAUCAUCAAUUAUAAAAUCACGUAGCCGUGAACGUGAAGACUUGGCGAGUCUUGGUUCGGAUGAUUCGGGUAUACUCUGCGGGUCAGAUAGUGGUUCCAGUGAUGCUGCUACUGCAACAACUCGAGAAUCUAGUGUUGACCAUUUACAUAGUCGUGAAAGCUUAGACUCGUCGUUAUCACAGGCCGGUGACAUGGAUUGUGUUGAUGCUAUUGAUGGUGAUGAUACCGGUUCAGUGUCACUGGAAGUUAUGGAAUCUCAAUCAAAGGAUAUGCAACAGUGUAUUAAUAUACCAGAAAAAUGCCUUGAUAGUGUAGAACACCAACAAAAACAACAACAGCAUCAAAAUCAGUAUAUUGUUGCUAAUGAAAAACAGACAUUCGUAAAUAGCGAACGAACUUCGAUGCGAGAACCUCAGAAGAUUAAUGUAAACAGUGAUUACUCGAAUGAAUUACGCGAUGAAAAAUCAAGCUGUGGUAAUAAUAGUUAUCACAAUACACUUGAAGUUGCAAUGCAAAGUGAAUUAGCUGGUGCUGCGAUGACUUUGUGUUGUGGUGCUACACAACCGGAUGAUGAUACCUCUAAAAAACCACUUGAGAUACGAAGACAAGAAACAGCUCAACCAAAACCUACUGAGAGUUGUCUUCUUAGGUUAUUUGAAAGCCAAAUUUUCGAUAUGUCUAUGGCUAUUUCUUAUCUCUUCAAUUCUAAAGAACCUGGCGUUCAGAGUUAUCUCGGCAACAAGUUAUUUAGCUUCCCAGAUAACGAUGUGGACUUUUAUUUACCACAAUUGAUCUUGAUGUACAUACAAUUACAUGACGUCACAGAGGUUCUUUAUCCGUAUCUCGUUCAUAGAUGUAAGCAAGCCGCAGACUUCUCGUUAAAGUGCGCUUGGCUGUUAGAUGCGUACAGCUCAGAUGCUCAUUUACCAUCUAAAAAGAAGUCUCACGGGACCAAGCUCAAAAAUCUUAUUUUAUCUGACGAAUUGAGAAAAAACAGGCCAAAGGGAAGUGAAAUAACGAGGAAGCAAAAACUUAGCGGAAUACAAGUACCCGCGCCACCACCCUUGCCUACUGCUCAAAUGGUGGCAUCACCCAAUAAAAAAACCCACCAAAGAUCACAGUCUGAUGCUACGGGUCUUUUUCAAUCGUUACGUCGAAGCCAUUCCGGUGUAGUAAACAAAGUAAGUCUUGGGGACUUGAGUUCUGGUCGAGCAUUCGACAACGGAUGUACCUGUUUUGAUUCCUGCCAAGGUGUGGUUAAUGACUUACGAGGUCAGAAGACUGAUUGCUUCUGUAAUGCCCCGCGGCUUGCUCCGGAGCUUGAGUUUAUUCAGGCACUGAUAUCAAUUGGUAAAUUGCUUGGAACUAUUCCUACAAAAGAGAGUAAAACCGUUCAACUAGUAGCUGAGUUGAAUACACUCAACUUAAAUUUACCAGCAAGAGUGUGGCUUCCGUUACAUAGUACAAUUCCACAUCAUAUCGUAAGAGUACCACCGCAAUAUGCUGCAGUCCUCAAUAGUAAAGAUAAGGCUCCGUACAUUAUUUACGUGGAAGUUCUAGAAGUAGAGGAUUUAUAUACCUCACCAGUUCCCACCAAAGUAAUGGGAAGCUCAUUAAGACAUACUAAGUCUGAAGAAAAUUUAACGGGUAAUGAGCAAUCAGACUCAACGAAUAAUUCAAAUGGAGCAGCACAGCAGCAAUCAAUUCGACAAACUCCGAAUAAAAGUAUAGUUAAUAAAAACGGAGAUGGUGCAUUUAAUUAUCUUGAUGAUGACCCUGCAGAUUGUUGGAGCCAAGAGGAUGAUGAAAUUACACAACAGUAUUUACAACUUCGGAAGCCUCGAGACAGAGAUACGAUAUCACAACUGAGUCAAGAUAGUUCAGAUAGCCGUGAACCAGUCUUUGUACCUGGUGAUAUUAAAAGAAGAUUGAGUGAACUUGCCGCGACCCCUAAUGCGACAUUUAAUCACGAUCCAGAGGAUCCAUCGGCAGCCGUAUUGAAAGAACCUUGGGAAUUGAAACAACGUCGUAUAAGAUCAUCUAGUCCAUAUGGUCAUUUAGCUUCAUGGCGAUUAUUAGCUGUUAUUGUUAAAUGCGGUGAUGAUUUACGACAAGAAUUACUUGCGUCACAAUUAUUGUCAAUGUUACAAAAAAUAUGGCAAGAUGAAGGUUUACCUCUGUGGGUAAGACCAUACAAAAUUUUAUGUUUAUCUAAUGACAGUGGAUUGAUUGAACCAAUUUUAAAUACCGUAUCAUUGCAUCAAAUUAAAAAACACUGUCAAUUAACAUUGUUACAAUAUUUUGAGCGUGAAUUUGGUCCUACUGAUUCCGAGGAAUUUGCUCAAGCUCAAAAUAAUUUCGUCCAAAGUUGUGCGGCUUAUUGUCUUGUUAGUUAUCUUAUUCAAGUUAAAGAUAGACAUAAUGGAAAUAUAUUAUUGCAUAGUGAUGGACAUAUUAUUCAUAUUGAUUUUGGUUUUAUAUUAUCAACAUCACCAAGAAAUUUAGGAUUUGAAACGAGUCCGUUCAAGCUAACACCUGAAUUUGUUGAAGUUAUGGGUGGUAGUCAAUCUAAAAUGUUCCACCAUUUUAAAAAUCUUAUUUUACAAGGACUUGUUGCAGCACGAAAACACAUGGAAAAAGUUGUUAAUCUUGUAGAAAUAAUGCUGUCAGGCUUACAACUACCGUGCUUUCGCACUGGCGGUGCAGCAACUGUUCAAGGACUCAAAAAUCGAUUUCACUUAACGUUAACAGAGGAUCAACUACGACAGCAUGUUGAGGACCUCGUUGAAGGCAGCAUUCAUUCGUGGUCAACCAAAUUAUAUGAUCGAUAUCAGUACUUUGCCAACGGUACACUAUAAUUAUUGUCGGUAAAAUUAAUUUGUUUAUUGCAUUUUAUUUAAAGUUUGCUUCCCAAAAUUAAUUUCAAUUUUCUUCAUAAAAA